ACACACGAUAAGCAGUAAUUCCGUAAUACAUAUACAUAGGGUGCAGAAAUCAAUAGUACGCGUCACAAUGUCUGCCGUGAGCCAUAGUUAUCGCGUAAUACGUAUUGCAUUUUUUGUAUGCUUUUACGAUGUUUAUGAUAUAUAAUUGAAGUUAUUAAUACGAUCAUUAGCAUUUUACGAACAAUCGUUUAAAUUUGAUAAUAUACGUAAAUGUAAAAGUUGAACUGUGAUUGGAAAAUCGACAUAUUUAUUGAGUGGUGCUGUUGAAGGGAAUUAUUAAACGAUGGAUAAUUCAGGAUUAGGAUAUUCGUAUCAUCUACCAUCAGCUGGUUGGAAUCUUAAGAUCAAAAAUACGUUAUCUCAAUUCAGUGAUCUAUUUAGCGAAUUUAAUAAAUACAUUGCGCCAGCGUAUCAUCAUGAUCGUUGCGAAAGAUCGGUGCAAAUGCGUUUAUAUUCUAUGCACAAAAGAGAAUUUGUCAUGGUAUUUGUUGGCUUCUUUGCUUGUUUUGGAUUGUCCGUCUUUAUUGGACUUGCUGGUCCACCGAUAACCACGACAAGCGAGCAAAAGGCACAUGUCAAUGGAAAUGAAACGGCUACUGGACCGUUUGUAAUGAAGACCCCAGCCUUAUCGCCAUAUAGCCAACAAUUAUGGGUUAUUGCUAAAUUAUCUACGUUAAAUAAUGAUGACGAAAGAUAUGAUAAAGGUUUUCAAGUAAGCGUAUCAAUAGAUGGCAUUGAUAUUGAUCAUAAACUUAAUCCUAUACUACCGUUGGAAACUGGACACAAUAGAACAAGACAUCUGAAAUGUGAGAGGCAAUCUUGCGAGGAGCUUGUCGUGGCUCAUCUUGGAUUUUUAGAUUACACUUACUAUAUGAUUACUGUCCGUUUUCAUGGACUUGAAAGCUUCCACCAACGAUAUACAAUACGAGAUCUCACAUUCUACUUUAAAAAUUACAAUCCUGCAUUCACACAAAUUGAGAUAUGGUUUCGACUGAUCUUCUUACUGACUACCUUUGGGGUGAUGUGUUGGUUUGGUCAUUCAUUGAGAAAAUAUCCAUUACAUGAUUGGUCAAUAGAGCAAAAGUGGAUUUCUAUUCUUCUUCCAUUAUUAAUUUUAUAUAAUAAUCCUUUAUUCCCUAUGAUAUUUUUAAUAAAUUCCUGGGUACCUGGAAUGAUAGAUGCGAUUCUACAAACAACUUUUUUAUGUGCUAUUCUCAUGUUCUGGCUUUGUGUUUAUCAUGGUCUUAGACAAAAUGAAAGGAGAUUAAUUACUUUUUAUUUACCAAAAAUGUUGGUUGUGGGUCUUCUAUGGGCAGCAGCUCUGACAUUGGCAACAUGGCUUCGUUGUACCGAAUUAGAGGAUCCAACAUACAAUUAUGUUCUUGAUACGUCAAAUUAUUACGGUUUUAAAGUAUUCUUCUUUACAGUAGGUGGUUUUUACAUUGCAUAUCUUCUUCUACUUAUAUUAAAGGCAUACAGUGAACUGAGAUCUAUGCCAUAUUUUGAUUUACGCUUAAGAUUUUUAACAUUACUUGCUGGAGUAGUUGCUGGUGUCUGCAGUUUAGUUACUUCUCGUCAAUUUGGUGCAGGAGUUCUUGAAGAUAGUUUCGCUUCGCGUCUUUCUACGUACUAUCGCACAUCAGCACAAUUUAUGGCUCUAUAUGGUCUUCUCAAUUUUUAUUUAUAUACAAUGGCAUAUGUUUAUGCUCCAGCACUACAACAAGUCUAUGGGCAACAUUCAUCCAUAAUGAAAGAUAAUCCUGCUUUUUCAAUGAUGAAUGAUUCGGAUGAAGAAGUUAUAUAUGGUUCAGAUGAAGACAAUAGACGGCUGUUAACGCGUUUACCAAAAAAUGUAGUGGACAGUGAUUGAAUAAUUUAGACCAAUAUUAUAAUUUUACAAUAUGGUUAUAUAAAAAUAAUUGAAUUAAAUGAAGAAAUGAAUUGUGUAUUGGCAGACAAUUUUUGUAAAUAUUACAAAAAUAUCGCCUUUUAGGUAUGGAGAAGACUGUACAUACGCCUUCUUGGAUUUUGGUAUUAAUCUAUUUAUUAUAACCUAAAAAAAGAUCACAAUAAUCUAUUCAUAUUAACCUGUUAUUAUUCUCAAUAAGUAUUAAUAAAAUAGAUAUGAAG